CGUUUCUGCGACCAUGGCUGAAGACUUGCGGGCGCUGCGCAACUACAUUACGGCCAAGGACGGCUACGAGUACACGGGUGUCGCCGAUGGUCUUGUCUGUGUGCACAUCACGCACUCGCACCUCCAGCGCUCGAUCGUCGACAUCCGGCUCGACAUGCACGCGACGAUUGGCGAAGUGAAGGAAAAAAUCUACCGCCAUUGCGGCACGAAGCCUGACUACAUGACGCUUAUCCUCAAGAACGGGUCGUCGGCUGUCGGUAUCCUUGACGACGAAAACCGCAAACUCGGCUACUACCCUGUGCAGCAUGGCAUGACGCUGCACGUCCAAGACAACGACCCAUUCUCGCUCUCGAAAGGCGGGGGCCUGGACGACGUCUCGCUCGUGCAAAAGUACGAGAUUAGCGAGGAAGACUAUGACAAGCGCCAAAACACGGUGCGCAACUACAAGCGUGAGCAGCUUGCCAAGGACCCGAACUGGAAGCCACCGGUGCUUCCUGGUGCAUCCAAGGCCAACCGAGCAGCAAGCGAAAUUGUCUUUGACGCCGAGUCUGUCAAAGGUAUCGAAAUCGGCAACCGCUGCGAGGUGAACCCGGGUGGCCGCCGCGGCCGUGUCGCGUUCAUGGGGACCGUUGCGGAGCUCGCUGGCGCCCCCGGCGAGAGCUAUUGGGUUGGUGUCGUUUUCGACGAGCCCGUAGGCAAAGGCAAUGGUUGUGCCAAGGGAAAGCGGUACUUUGACUGCGCCGAGAAGUUCGGCGGCUUCAUUCGCCCCAACAACGUCACAGUUGGAGACUUUCCGAUCGAAGACGAGCUCCUCUCAGAUGACGAGUUUUAGAGUUUGACGUAGUAGCUAUGAUUGCAUCAAUAUUCUAACGCAUUGCCUUCGCACAUCAUGACCCACGA